ACUCCGCGCAGAGGGACCCGGGAACCUGCUUGGUGUGCAUUCGGACUGACAACUAGUUCCCCGCUUCGUGUCGCGGCUUCUAAAAUUUGUAGUAUAUAUACUAAGACUGGGAACUAGCUUAGAUCAAAGUUCCUACUUUUCCGAUGGUUUGCAUGGCAGAUCAUUGCAAGGGCAAUAAAAUGUGUCAUGUGUCUGAAGCAUGCACACUGGACAAAAAUACUAUUGAAGAUAUAAAUUAAUUUGAGUCAAGACUUCACAGGCAGCAAUUAGACAAGAUGGGCAUUUUGCUGGGGAAAACUAUGGACGAGAAUCUCAAGAAGCAGCAGGAGUUUAUGUUGAAAACAUCAGUGAUUCAGAUGGAGCGCCAAAUACAGAUGCAGAACCAAAUGCGAGAGCGGAUGAUGGCCAUGCAGAUCGCAAGAACACGGGACAUUUUUGUGUGGUUUGGUUCCUUCUACACACUGGCCUCUCUCGGAAUGAUUGCAGGGUUUAGCAAGCAGCGGAAGCCAACCGUCCUGAUCCCGGCACUGCCUUUGACUUUCCUGCUGGCCUACCAGUAUGAUAUGGCAUAUGGCAAUAAGAUGGAGAGAAUGAGGGAACAGCCACAUCAGAGACAUGUCCCAUUCAUGGCCACCCACGCAAGACAAUCCCUUGCCAAGACAUAUGGAUUUGAACCACUCAUCUUUGGCACAGGAUUCAGUCAGCAACUGUCAGAAGCCCAAACCAUCUUUGCAGCUGGGGAGGCUGAUCGCAUCAUGGACACAGAAGGUAUUAUGUUGUCAUUGCCGCAUGGCCUACCAACAUACUCCAGCAUUGAAGCAGCUCGCCUGGACCAGUGUGACAAAGAGAGACUGUCUUAGUCACAUGACAUUUUUCUGUAAUGUAAUGAAUGCCUUCAGUGAUGAGAAUUAUAUUUGACAUGUUUCUGAGCCAAUGACCUCACAUGAGAUGCACCAGAAAUACUGACUGAUCCAACAUAGAGACUGAGACAAAGUCAUUCUUGGUACUUUAUUUUAAAUUUGCAAAUAACUUGAGAAUAGAAGACAAGAUUUGUAGAUGUAAUUCUAUUAUUCUAGGAAUCUAUUAAAAUCUUCAAAAAGAGUCACCCUUUUGAUACAUAAAUAAAUACAUGUCAAUAUCACAUUUCAAUAUUUUUACUGUGCCAAACAGCGUUGACAAUUGAUGCAAAUAAACCAACAAUAUCUGCUGCCAUGUAACAGUAUUCAUUAAAAGAAUAGCCUACAUAACACAUGCUUGUUCAGAAUUGCAGUUCAUGUAUUGUUAUUCUGAUCAAACAAUUCUUUGCAAUAUAUUUUUUCAAUAAGUACGAACUCUUUAUAAAACAAAUUGAAUUACUUUUUAGAAUGACAAAAUAGCACUUGUGUUUCACACAUUCCAUGGUGAUUGUGUUCUUGUUAAUUAGUAUAAAGCGGAUACAUGUUGCAUAUUUGAAA